UCUCUCUCUCACACACACACACACACACACACGGACCCAGAUAUAGCGGGAUCCCAGCAGAGAAGGGUCGCCAGAGAACAGCGCAGCGCGCACCGGAGCAGCUCGUCGAACUUGUCCACUCGCUUGGUUGCUUUCCGCGCACUGCGCCUCGUCCGCGCGCAUCUCCUCCGGCAGCCGCACAACCGUCCGGAACCGUCUCCUGCAGCGCCGUGAAGAAGACGGCAUCAGGGCCGGUCGUCCUCGUCUGUGGGAUUUUCUUAUUCAUUCAAUAUCCUCGAUCGUUUCCAGUGGAGUGCGCACCGCCAGCGCCACCGAGUCGCCCCUGCAAGUCGUUUGAUUUCGUGAGCCGGGAAAUAAAAUCCGUGUCGUCGGUCCCUGCUGUCUCCGAUCGCCCUCCGCUCCAUCCCUCCAGUUUGACUGCACCGGGCCAGAGAAGAGCAACAGCCUCCACCGGCGCAUCAGUGAGGUAGAGAAGCCCUACAUCGAGCUGCAGCCAUGGAUGAGAUGGACCUGCCCCAGAUGAAGAAGGAGGUGGAGAGCCUCAAGUACCAGCUGGCCUUCAAACGAGAGAAGUCCUCCAAAACAGUGACUGAUUUGGUGAAGUGGAUAGAGGACGGCGUCCCAGAGGAUCCCUUUUUGAAUCCGGAGCUGAUGAAGAACAACCCGUGGGUGGAGAAAGGAAAAUGCAUCCUCCUCUAGAAGAAACCAACCCGCCCUGCCGUGACCUUGCAACUUCAACCACGCUGACCACACACACACACACCUACAGAUGACCCCUGAACCCAACCCCUUCCCGGCCUGUGAAGGCCAUGGCAGGACAGCCCCCUCCUUACUUCUCACCAUGAAUGUACAACAGCUGAUAUUCCCCAACCUCUCCCAGACACACACCCCAACAAAGGCCCAGACACACACACACACACACACACACACACACACACACACACACACACACACACACACACACACACACACACACACACACAUACUCACACACUCUCACACACGUUCACUCCAAACUUUGGGGUUUGCCCUGACUGCCACACAUACACUGCAAGUUUAUUCCUGCCACGACAAUGCAUCACUACUAUGAUAUGAUGACAAUGAUCUAUACUCCUAAUACAUGGCUCUAUAUGGAUACAUUUAUGGAUUUAUUUGUGCGGCUGCCAGUGACAAGCUUUCCCUCCUCUUUUACUCUUCAUUCUGAGCAUAGCAGUUUUUUUAUUUCGUCCAUUUAUGAUGAAUUGAUGAACUGUAAAUCCCCACUACCAAAGUGACUGUAGGUCCUCCAGGGGCUAUUUUGUUCCACGGUAACAUAAAACCAUUUGAUUUUAAAAAAUGAUAACCAUUAUAAAACUAAAACAAGUUUUUUAUUGGUACUUUUUGUAUUGAAAGGCAAUAGAUUGCACAAGUCUGUGGUUGACAAAACAGUUACAAGAAGGUUAUUAACACUUCAUUAUAAAUUAACUAACCUGUCGAUGAGAACCUAUAAAGAUUUAUAAUUGAAAAAAGAUCAUUUUUGUCUACACAGUAUACGUGCACACCAAUGAUUGGCUUAUGUUAGUUUGCAGACUAUGGUUUCCAUGUUUAGUCAAGUUAGAAAUCAAGUUAGAAAUCGGCCUUAUAAGAUUUGUUAGACCUGCAUGUAGAGGACAUUAAGACUAUAUUAUAUUCAGUAAUCAUAACAUCUUCAUAUGUAUGCCUAAAAAAGUAUAAAAAGUAAAGCAAUGCUAGUUCAAAAUGAUGAAGGUGAUUGGAGCAAUCAGAUUCCAGUCGGCUCCAUGUAAGAAUUUCCACCUGGCUGUUUUAAUAUUUGAUACCGAUCCAUGUCCCAUUCAGCAUCAGAACAGCUGAGAUACAUUACAGGCCUGUGCUGUAAGCCAUCAUAUCAGUAUGAACAGUUUCUUCUACCAAUUUUAGGUCUUUAUAGGUUGUUAUGGCGCAUUCUCAAAUUAUUAACAUGUUGGUUAUUGAUUAAUUACACUACACUUGUAAUAUGUUAACCACAAACUCAACUGAUAAAAGCGACUGUUACAGAUCAUCGUCCUAAGAUGUCAGUACGCUUGAAACAAAGUUGUAUCAUCUGACCACAUCAGAAGACAAAAGUGUUUCGGAGCCUGCUGUCUCGGAAAAGCUUUGGAAAGUUAAGAAACUAGUUUGGGGGGGGGGGGUUCAGAUGCUGUUCAACAAUCUUAAAGCCACUUCAUUUGAAGCGUACCGGCAUCUCAAAAGAAUGUCUGAAACAUUAACAGCGAACAUCACGAAACCACCUUCACUGCCACUUGUUCACUGCCGACCGAACAAGUGAAACUUUUUUUACACGGAAUAAACAACAUGCAUGAACCCAAAAAGGGUUCACCACGGCAGAGAAAUGAGUCGUGUUUUCAUCUCUCAAAAAGCCUUCUCCGCAGCGCAUCUCACAGUUUUGGUAAAACACGGCUUUAAAUGUAGAGCGAGAGAGAGAGAGAGAGAGAUAUCUGCAGCCCGUGUUGUUCUGCUUCGGUGUCAGUAGGUCGGAGAGUGUCGUACAGUAGCAGCUCUGUUUGUGUUGUCGCAGCAGAAUGAGGCUGUCCUGUCUCUGGAGGAGUACGUUUUCUGUUCCCUCUCCUCCUUAGCUAUAGGCUCCAAGGCAACACACAAACACACACACACACACACACACACACACACACACACACACACACACACACACUCACACACUCAACAUGCAAGCAACUCAUCUCCACACGUGUACAGAGAGACCCCUUUAACUUAUUAACUUAUUGAGUAAGACCUGGUUUGUUUGGUUGUUCAUUUAUUUAUUUAUUUAUUUAUCUAUUGAUUAGACCCUUUCUCUCUACCUUCGGUUCUUUUUUUCCGUUUCCGAUGUCUGCACUCCCUCUUCCUCGACUUGAAAAAAGAAAAAGAAAAGAAAAGGCCAAAAAAUCUACUACACCUUGCCAGAUCACCAUCUACUACUGCCUUGUACACAGUUUCCUUAAUAUAAGAAUGUAAAUAUGUGGCAUGAGGUUCAGGCAUCACCACUGAAUUCGAGACUGCUGCUCAGUGUGUGUGUGUGUGUGUGUGUGUGUGUGUGUGUGUGUGUGUGUGUGACUGUUUCACUGUGUGUUAGUAUUUGUAAGUGAAUUUAAAAGUAAAUUUGGACAUUAGGCUCCCAUGUGGAUUCUGAUGCACGCACACGCACACACACACACACACACACGCACGCACGCACACACACAGCUCAGUGAGAAUGUGUAUGAGGUGAGGAGUGGCAAGGAUGUGGGAUUCUCUAAAUGACUCGGGGACAGGGGAGCCUCACAUCAUCUCAGUACUGUAAUGAGUCUCAUUAUACACAUUUUCCUCAAGAUGACCCAGUUCCCUGAAGGCUACUCAGUGCUUGGAGGACUUUGGUCCCAUUAUGUGUAAACGCAAAUAUUUAAUUUUCCCUUUUACAGUAAGAAGAAGAAAAAAAACCUUUGCACAAUCAUUUGGUCCAUGACGUGCUAAUAAAUGUUAAAUCGCUGGCUUGUAACUUGUAAAACAUGUGAGAGGCAAAGAUUGUAUCCAAUCACGCCGACGUGUUUCGCAUGUCUCAAAACUCUUUUGGCGAACAAAUAUUACAAUCUUUAAUGUAAAAACUGUAUCACUGUGCCUGAAGUGGGGCCAGUGAGUGUAGGAUGUCCAGUACAACCCAAAGCAUGAAGUCCCAUGGUUCAAUUAGAGGCAUUUAUGCACCUCCAUUAUUUUGAACAUAAUGUUUUAUUUCUUUUUUUUUUUAUUUCUUUUUUAUUUUAACAGUUUAGCUGUUGGAAAGACAAAUGUAUGUUAACUACUUGAUAAAAUGAUAGAUCUGUUUUAGCCUAGUGAUUUCAUAAUAAAUGAAUGAAGUGGGACUUGCUCCCGUAGUACAAAGAUCACAUCACUAGUUUGUAACAUUUCCAUUGUUACGCUUAAGUUUAUUCCCAUGAUAUGUUUUUUGAUUCAAAGGGGCUAAAUUCUCACACCACCGACACCACCACCACCACUGGAAAGUUACAAACGCUGUCUCGUAACAGCCCAAAACAAACUAAGAAGUAUGUGAGAGUUUUCCUGAUUCUGCCUGUCCCUGGUCUGGGUUUUUUUUUCUUUCUGUCUGGCUACUGUAACUUAACUUGUUUGGUUUGUUUUUAUAUAAUCCGAAAAUGCAUAUGUGUGUAUGUUAUUACUAUUAUAGCAACAGCAUAAAAACUUGUCUAAAGAUCUAGCAACAUAUUCCUUGUGAGGGUGAUUUGGAAAAAAAAUGAUUAUGCAUCAGAUAAAGUCCUAGUGUAAAGAUGACAAUGAGCAAUAAAUUAAAGAUCUUUUUUUAUUGAAUGUUUUACAAAAACAUUUAUGUUACUGAAUAAAGUAGAAGAUUUUUAGACA